GGGAGUGCUGUCGACAUAAAUUAUUAUUAUUUUUUUUUAAACGUGUACAGAGAUUUGUUACGUUGUAUCGCAUGAACUGUACCAUUGAUAACACGAGUGGAUUCGAAUUGGACUCUUUUCUGUUUAUGUUGGUGAAGAAGUGAAAGUGUUUAGCGGAGUGGUUUACUGAACUGGAACCGGAUUAAUGGAAAUAGAGUAUGGGGAUCACGGUGUAUCAUCAUUAGAACGACUACAAAGAGAAAGGAGAACUCAUUGUAGUUGAGGCUCUUUUAACGCUAAAAACUACAACACUCCACAUACCCAGUUUAAUAAGGCUACAGACUUGGAUUUUUUUUUUUUUAGCAGUCAGGAUGGAACGACGUCGCAAACUUUAUUUAUCUUUGGCAUUGAUCCUGUUUUAUUUACAGUGGACAACUUGUUUUAAUCUGGAUAUUGACAAACCCUAUGUAUUCUCUGGACCUAAAGGAAGUUAUUUUGGAUUUUCUGUGGAUUUCUUCCAGCCAAAUAAUAAGCAGUCAAACAUUCUUGUAGGAGCUCCCAGAGCCAACACCUCCUCAACUUCCACAGUGGUGGAGCGAGGGGCAGUCUAUACCUGCCCAUGGCAGAAGACUAGUGACUGUACCCAAGUACAGUUUGACAAUACUGAUGAUCGCGAGAAUAUCGAUGGGGUUCAGAUGGAGUUCAAGUCCAACCAGUGGUUUGGAGCCACGGUACGGUCAGACGGUGAACACAUCCUGGCCUGUGCACCUCUCUACCAGUGGAGCACGUACAGCUUCUCAGAGCGAGAGCCUGUCGGUACGUGUUUCCUGAAGAAAGGAGGAGACGUGGUGGAGUACUCUCCCUGUCGAUCUAAUGCCAACUCUCCAGAGGGACAAGGAUUCUGUCAGGCUGGAUUCAGUAUUGACUUUGUCAAGAACAACAGGGUGGUUGUUGGAGGCCCUGGUAGUUUCUAUUGGCAAGGUCAGCUGAUCAGCGACGAUAUCUCUGAGAUCAUCGCCCGGUUCAACAACCACUACUACACCCCUUACAGUAACCAGCUGACCACCAAGUCUGCCAGCGCUCAGUACGAUGACAGUUAUUUAGGUUACUCUGUGACCGUCGGAGACUUCAAUGAGGAUGGAGAAGAUGAUUAUGUUACCGGGGUACCCAGGGGAGACAAAGCUCUGGGCUAUGUGAACAUCUUCAAUGGGAGGAACAUGGAGUCAAUGCUGAAUUUCACAGGAACACAGAUGGCUGCCUACUUUGGCCAUUCAGUGGCAGCGACCGACAUCAAUAAUGAUGGGCUGGUGGAUCUGUUUGUGGGGGCCCCUCUGUUCAUGGAGCGUGGUAGUGAUGGGAAGCUGAGGGAGGUGGGCCAGGUGUCUGUGUUCCUGGGGAAGGGAGGCUUCUCCUUCCACACACCCAUCACACUGAGUGGGACAGAGAUCUACUCACGCUUCGGCAGUUCUAUCGCCACACUGGGGGACCUGGAUAUGGAUGGCUUCAACGACAUCGCCGUAGCUGCACCCUACGGCGGGCCGAAGCACCGUGGCCUAGUGUACAUCCACAAUGGGAGGGCUGCAGGGCCUGACCUAGUGCCUUCUCAGGUCCUAGAGGGGAGGUGGGCCUCCUCUUACAUGCCCCCCAGCUUUGGAUACUCCCUGCACGGAGCCACUGAUAUUGACCAGAAUGGAUACCCAGACUUAAUAGUUGGUGUAUUUGGUGCAGACAAAGCCGUUCUAUACAGGGCCCGGCCGGUCAUCAGUGUUAACGCCACCCUGGACAUCAGCCCUCAGAUCCUCAACCCACAGGAUAGGAACUGCAAACUGCCUGACCAUGACACACCAGUGUCCUGUUUCAAAGUGAAGUACUGUGUUAAGGCGAGUGGGAGAAGCGCUCCAGCCUCACUGAAGUUCCAGGUUGACCUGGUGUUGGACAGACUCAAACACAAGGGGGCGACAAAGAGAGUUCUGUUCCUCCACGGCAAGACAUCUCGGUACACCAAGAACAUGACGGUCAGCAACGGCCGAGGACCGGCGUGCGAGGAGCAAGAAGCCUUCCUCAUAGAUGACUCUGAGUUCCGGGAUAAGAUCACUCCCAUCUCUGUGUUCAUGGAGUUCAGUUUGGACUAUCAGCAGGCUGCAGAUAAGACCGGCCUACUGCCUAUCCUGGACCAGACUACGCCCACCAACAUCUCCAAACAGGCCCAUAUCCUACUGGACUGUGGAGAUGACAACAUCUGCAAGCCAGACCUCAAGCUGUCUGUAGUGAGUGACCAGAAAGAGAUCUACAUAGGAGAUGAUAACCCCUUGACCCUGGAGGUGACGGCGGAGAACAGAGGAGAAGGGGCGUACGAGGCAGAGCUACAUGUCUUCCUUCCUCCCCAGGCUGACUUCACCGGGGUCGUACGCAACAGUGAGACUCUGUCUAGAUUGUCCUGUGCCUACAAGAUAGAGAAUCAGACCAGGGUGGUGGUGUGUGACCUGGGGAACCCCAUGAAAGGAGGAACUAAGGUGCUGGCCGGUCUGCGUUUCAGCGUUCACCAGCUCUCAGAGCAGGACACGUCUGUGAAAUUUGACCUGCAGAUACAGAGUUCCAACCAGUUCAACAACACCAGCAGUCUGGUCCUCAGCAUCACAAAGCUGGCUGUCCUAGCCAAGGUGGACAUCAGAGGGGUGUCCGCCCCAGACCAGGUCUUCCUGCCUGUUGCUAACUGGCAGCCUAAAGAGAACCCUGUCGUAGGAGAUGACAUCGGCCCACAGAUACUGCACGUCUAUGAGUUGCGUAACAGAGGUCCCAGUACCUUCAGCAAGGCCAUGCUGGACAUCGAGUGGCCCUACAGGUUCAACAACGGCUCUCUACUCUACAUCACUAAACUAGAGGUGGACGGAGACGGAGGAAUGAACUGCAGUACAGACAUGGAGAUCAACCCACUCAAUGUCUCAAACCCUCUAUCUGGAGAGAAGAACAUCACCUCUCCGAGUGGAGGAGGAGACGGGACAGAGGGGAGGAACAGGAAGCAUGUUCACCGCAGAGAGCUGGAGAGGAAGGAGAUGGAGGGAGACCUGGAAACUCUGGACUGUUCCAAGGUCCAGUGUUUGAAGAUCCGGUGUCAGGUGGGCCGUGUGGAGAGAGGUCAGAGUGCUAUCCUCUACAUCCACUCCAGGCUGGGGGUGGCCACCUUCCUCAAGACUGAGAGCCAGAACCGUUCGUUCACCGUGAGAUCUUCCGCUUCCUUCAGCGUCAUAGAGAUGCCUUAUAACAAGAACCUGUUGCCAGAGCUGCCCUCCAACACUACUACGGUGAGUAUGUCAGUGAUCUGGGUGAAAUCUGAAUCUGAACCGGUCCCUUGGUGGGUAGUGGCCCUGGCCCUGAUCGCUGGACUACUGCUGCUGGCUUUGCUUAUCUUCGUCAUGUACAAGCUGGGUUUCUUCGAGCGUGUACGCCCCCCUCAGGAAGACAGCGUGGAGAAGGAGCAGCUGGCGCCGCAGGAGAACGGUGACAGGAACACAGAUGCUUGAAAGACCCCCCCCCUCCCCCCGAGGCUCUUAACGCACGACCCUGUGUAGCUGUCUGUAAAUACACAACGGAUAACCCGUGUCUGAAUAGGUUCCCUAUGUAGUGCACUACUUUGGAACAGAGCCCCGAUGGGAAAGCACCAGUGUACACACACACAGUCCCAUCUACUCUUUAUAAUCAUACUCACACUGUACACUGUACCCUGAAGCCCUGUACAUUGUACCUGCAUCCUGAAGCCCCGUACCCUGAAGCCCUGUACCUUGUACCUGCAUCCUGAAGCCCCGUACCCUGAAGCCCUGUACCUUGUAUCUGCAUCCUGAAGCCCUGUACACUGUACCCUGUACCUGCAUCCUGAAGCCCUGUACCUGAAUCCUGAAGCCCUGUACCUGCAUCCUGAAGCCCCGUACCUGCAUCCUGAAGCCCUGUAGUCUACUGCUCCUCUUGCAUAUAUUUAGACAACACUGCUGUAUGACAUGGCUGGGAAGAACAAACAAGUCAUUUGAUAUUAAAAUGCUGAUGUAAAUCAUAUUUUUUUUUAAAAGGACUCCCGAUCUUCUGGUUAUUGUUCAGCAUCUUUUAGUGCACUUGGACUUUCAGUUUUUAAAUGAAUUGCUUGCUACAACAAUGUGAAUUCGAGACUGCAAGGAUGAUAUGAGGUGGAAGAGUUAUCAAUAACAAUGCUGUAUUGUCUUCAAUGACAAUACAUGACAUGUGUUUUUGAAUGGGCACUGCAAGGUGUUAAUAUGGACGUAUUGUAUGUUCUGUUAUGCUUCUGCAAUUGAUGACAUUCCGGGUAAUUUUCCACUCUCCAGAUACAGGAUUAUACGUAGGGACAUACAAAUCAGUUUGUAUAAAAGGACGAAAUUUACCCAUAUUGGGUAAUCAACAUGGCACUUCAUUUUUUUUUUUUGUAUCAGAGCACUAUAAUAUCUAAUGAAACAUUACCCAUCACCCACUGCUUCAUCUGUUUCUUCACACUUUGGUUUUAUUAUUUAUCUUAAAGCAAGUUUUAUGUUACAGACCUAGUUGUAAUUUUACCAGACAUUUUUUUUUCAAUUGAUUUCAAGUUGUUCCUUGUUCAUCCUUUUUUUUUUUUAAGAUAAUAUUGGAAAUGGUGAUGUAUUCCUUCCCCACAUAUCUGGUUGAGCUGACAAAGUUUUGAUCUUUCCUAAAUUAAAAUGUCUAAAACCAUAA